AUGAAAUAUCGUUGUCUUCGUUUUGACUUGAAAGAAUGGAAUGAGACAAGAAUACCGACGCGGGAUAGCUCGAAUAGACACUGGAUGCCAUCAUUUAUGAAACAUCGCCCUUUGCUCGGUGGUCGAGAUUUGAUGAGACCGCUACUUUGUGCUAGCGACGAGGUGCAGCAAUUUGGUGAUUGUCAAGUUCAAGGAAUCAAAUUUGACGGAACGUUACUAUACUUUAUGCUCAAAAAUGUCACCAAAGAAAAAAUGACGGCCUCAUUUUCGCGUUGGGAACCAUACAAAGCAGGGUUGCGAUUCCUUUACCCCGGUCGCGACAAUCGAUAUUAUAUUGGUAGAAAGCAUGUCUUCACUUCGGGGCAAACCACAGAAAUGGGGAUCAGCUUUCGAAAUCCACGUUGCCUUCAGAAACUAGAUGAAUGGAAAAACAUGCCAUCGCCACAAAUUCCAUACGUGCUCAUUGAAAUAAAAUCGAAUACCAAGGCCUUCAACUUUUACGUCGCAUUUAACCUCAUAAAAAGUACAUGGAUGCCCUCGUUUACUACUGAAGAACCUUUCACAGGCCCAUUCAGGACAACAACAACCCAACGGGCAGUCUCGGCCCAUGAUGUUUUGUGUGAUGGAUCAGGCCAUGUGUACCUACAAGGAAAUCAAAUGGGAAUCAGUCUACUCUGCGUGUUUUACGCUUUCUUCGGCGCUACCGCUAUCAAUUGGAAUCCAAUAACUGGUAGAUCGACGCGUUCACUAACUUUAAACCACACUUCUUCUUCGUCAACAAAGGUCUUCUUCGUCUUAAAGAAGAAAAUGGUACUUCGGGAAAUAAUUCACCUGUUAACUGAGGAAAAUAAAAUUAGCAGUGGAGCUUUUGGAGCUGUUUACCGUCUUGAACACACAGAACCGCCUAGUGUCUUCAAAUUGUUUCAUCGAACUCCACAUGCAUCAUCGGAUUUAAAAAUCGAAUAUACGGCACUCGAGAAACUGCGACACCCAAACAUUGUCCAAUAUUUUGGUUUUCACGACGAGAUCAUCGACAAUCAUCACUACCGUGGCCUCCAAAUGGAAUACUGUCAGCAUGGGGCGUUAAGUCAAAUCAUUUUUCGACCAUCGAUGAUCUAUACAAUCUACACGGUUGUUCAAUGGGCGGAGCACCUCUUCAAGGCGCUUGUAUAUUUGGAGAAGAACGGAAAGAUCCAUUGUGAUAUCAAAGUAGACAACAUAUUGGUGAGCGGAGGCUUUGUGUUAAAAUUGGGUGAUUUGGGGCUCGUGAAAUCGGUCAUUGAAACCAGCACAGUCUCGAUCCGGGGCACUCCACGCUACAUGGCACCAGAAAUUCUCUACAAUGACGAGCAAGGAAUCAAGAAAGACACGUCAAAGAGAGACAUUUGGGGUGUCGGCCUAGUUUUAUGGGAAAUCGUUGAACGAAGAAAGGUGUUGGACAGAAGUCCAACGGUAGAUUUUCGUAUUUGGCUGUUACAAACACAAGAGUGCUUACAGUGUCCCGAAGACUUGAAGUCGAUCAUUAUUGGAUGUUUGUGCUACGAUUACAAAGAAAGAGCAACUGCGGCUGGAUGUUUGGAAAAGUGCUCAAGUCUGAAAGAGAAAAUUACCAGAAUUUCAAACGAAAAUUACAAACGAAAAUUACAAGAAUUUCUUCCCUUCGAUAACAAUAAACAAAAAACACUCUUGAGGCCAAUCGGUUUUGAUGGAUCUGAGGAAUUGGUAGCUGUAGAGCCAAAUGAUGACUCUUUCCUCCCACCAGCCCCCUCCAUUUUGAACCGAUCUGCAACUUUCACAAAAGUUAAUAAUAAAUCGAAAAUCGACCAAAAAGAAGUUGAUCCACAAAAAAUUCUUGAAGAGAAAUACCCAGAAUUGAAGAAACUGCUUUCACUUCGACUAAAGGAUCCAAAAAUUGCUCGGCUUCAAGAAUUUUUCCGACAACUUCCCACGGAACUCAUUGUAGAAUAUGCCGAGAUCGCGCACGAGAGAAUCGUCGCAAAAGCUAAAGAUAUCACAAUUUUUGAAAUGAAAAGGGAGCACAGGUCGAGCUUUUUCGAGGAUCAAAUUUUGGAGGACGAAGGUGAUGGAGGAAGUGGUGGAGAGGAGAUGGAUUUGAAAGAUGAGGUUGCAUUUCUAGCCAGUGAAGCAGCGGAGAGGUGCUGCCUUAAACUCGAAAUUCACUACUUUCGCGCCAUUCGCUUCAUCUGGACUUUCCGAGAGGGUAGCUUCGGAAAUUGGUUUGUUCGAAAGGAACUGAGCGAUUUGAUUGCCUUGUUUGAAGUGUGGAGAUCAAUCGUUCAAAAGCGCUUCCAUUUCCGCAGCUUUUUCUCAAUGUCAACAAAAGAGGAAUGGUUGUUGGGGGGAAAAAUCUCCAACAAUCGAUGUCUAUUUGUGCGCAAAGAUUUGAUGAAUGCAAAGAUCUGGCUUGGCUCGUGGCAAGACGAAGAAAAUAGCGAUAACUGUAAAGUGCGAUGUUUCAAUGAAAAUUUUGAGUUGCUCGAGCUCGAGGUAUCGCCGGAGGAGCUCGAUGUCAAUAACUUUCAUAAAUUGAACAUCUUUGAAUUCAUUGAAAAUCAGCAUACGAAUAGUCUACUUAAAUCGGUGGCUGCGAUGUUUGAAGAGUUGGAUGUUGAAGAGUUGAAUGAUCAAACUGAACCGACGAGUCGAGCAAAACGAAUCGCUUACAAAGUCGGGAAAAAGUUGGUCGCUGAUCAUUUUCAAGGCGACGAAAACCCAAGCUUUAAUGCGGUACGAGAAGCAAUAAUGAAGCAAGCAAAAGCUGCAAGAUUACCAGUGCAAGUCUGGGAAAAUUUUACUACCGGGAAUCCGUCUUCAUCUGAACGACAAGCAUCAAAAAUCUAUCAUUUGGAAGUGCCACCACACUCUGAUGAAAUCAAAUUCCAAGCGUUUCUUGCUGAAAUCAAAAACAAAGGCAUGAAAAAGUCUAAAGAAAAAUACGGUACAGUGGAUGAUUUCAAGAAAAGACAAAAUAAAGCGUUCGCGCUUGUCAUUCAAACACUGUAUGAUUGGAGUAAUCGUUGCUGUUUAGGCUGUCUCAUAAAAGGCGUUAAAGUUGUCAAAAUUUUCAAGGAAAUUCUCGCUUUUGCUGGUCCACACACCUAUGUCACUUUGCGUGUUUUCUUGCACAAUGAGACGAGUUGUGUGUACCUGGGUGAAGCCUAUGGUCAUCAUCAUUUUUGUGAACUCGACUUCAAGACUGCCAUCAUUUUAGAUGGCUUCUGGAAAUCGCUAGAAACUUUCCAAGCAAGAGAUCCAAUAACACGACAAGUCAAAGACAUCGAGUUUAAAGGAAUUGCAAAAGUCAAUCUGAGUCUAAUAAAUAAACAAUUGAUCGAGCUGAUGAAUGAAGUGAAAAAACGAGCCUUGCAAAUCAAGCACCCGUUCAAAAUCAGCGAAACAGAAAGUUUUUUCCUUCUCGACUUACAACCGAAUCAAGAUUGUAUCAGCUCAAAUCCUGGGCCAAGCUCAAAAAGUGAUGGUCAACAGUUCAAACUACUGUAUCUCAGCUAUGCUCGUCUUUAUCUUUCCCUUUGUCGCGUUCUUACUCAAGCACAAAGUCUACAUGAUUAUUUGGACUUAAUCAAAAUAAUUGUAGAGAUUGUUGAAUUCAAGCAAAUCGUAAAACGGGUUGAUAAUCUUUGCCCAAAACACUUUUUCUUUAUAAAGCUAAACAAGGAAAGAAACGUUGUCAUCGUCAACUUGCAUCCAUUUGAAAAAGAUGAUGUUGAGCACUUUCACGUGCUACUCCUCGAUCUCGACUCAAUGUCGUUUUCCCGUGAUGAUUUUUCUUUUACUGAAUUAUUGCGAGCAAGCGAGGAAACACAUUUUCAUAAACUUCAUCUAAUAGAGUUUCUUUCUUUUAAUUUAAUUGAAAAGCUUUUUACCGUAUUUUCAACAAACUAUCAAAAUCGUAAUGAUCUGUGUCCAUUUUUGAAGAACCUUUGCAUCGAGUCGGACAACUUAGACGUGUACUUGUCGAUGACUCUGGGAGUGUGUCUUGAGUUUUUCAACGAAGAAGAACAAGGAUCAGGAAGAGAUCCUCAUUUCAAUCCACUUGAAAAGAAGAGCAAAUCACCGAUGAAGCUCGAACUGGCCAGGCAACUACUCUAUGCUUUGAAAGCAUUG